AUGGAUUUUUCGUCAGUUCCUUGCACCAGUACCAGUCGACAACAGAGAAUUGUUGGUGGUCAAGAUUCAAUUCGUGGCCAAACAACUUACAUUGCUAGUCUCAUGAGACGUGGUGGCCAUUUUUGUGGUGCAUCUAUUCUCAACGAGAAAUGGUUUCUUACGGCUGGGCAUUGUGCAUGCAACGGUCUAAAGAAACCAGUUCGCCCCAGCCAGAUAAAAGCAAUAGUUGGUUUGUACAAAAUUUCCGAAUUCAAUCGAAACCAAAUAGAAAAUGCUGAUGCUAAUUCAUACGAAGUAACAAUCCAAGCCAUAAUUUUCCACCCAGAUUAUGCAUGCAAUCAGCCCUACAACGAUAUUGCGCUGCUUGAAGCGUCCAAAUAUAUUUACUUCGAUCAGCAUGUCCGCCCAAUUUGCAUUGCUAGCAAUCACGAUUCCUCAGCAUUUGUAGAAGGAAAGACUGCUAUUGUUUCUGGCUGGGGCUGGAACCAGGAGAGUCAACAGGAUGGCGACAAAUCAGACACACUUCAACGAGCCAUAGUGGACGUGUUCCGAAACGAAGACUGCGAGAGUUUCUAUCGGGAUGGAAACCGACCUCGAGCCAUCGCUAAAACCCAAUUAUGUGCGGGAAAGCGCACGGGUGGCGUCGAUUCCUGCUGGGCAGAUUCCGGAGGUCCGCUGGUGACCGGUAACGACGUGCUGAUUGGAAUUGUUUCCACCGGAAUAGGAUGUGCGAGGCCAGGAUUUCCGGGAAUAUACACGAGAGUUAGUGAAUAUACCAGCUGGAUUAGCGAAGUAGUACGAAAGUGAUCGAUUCAUGUCCUGUCAGUGAAUAUCUAGUCAUUAGUUCAUACGAGCGAAAUGUGAUAGUAUUUUAUGUUGAGUACAAAUUCAUAUGUUAAUAA